AUGACCUCUCUUUACAAUGGAGACAGUGAUUACCUCUCCUCCUCCAUCCCAGCCAACACGACCCAGGAUGGAACCAUGGUGUCGUCGUCCGAAUUGGCCCUUACAAGCAUCUAUCCUCCCACAGACUUCACUGGGUUCGAAGCUUUGAAGGACGCGGUCACCGCAAAGGCCGCAAGCCUAGGACGAGGUGGCCACCAUCAGUAUCAAUAUAUCUCGUUGAAGAAUGUGCGCCGCAGAGACUUUGACCUAAUCGAGGCCAACCGCCAGGAGCUCGGCAGUGUUGUCCGGCUGACAUACUUUCCAGACAUUGAAACUCUUAUCGUUAAAGUCCCCUCUCGUGAGCAUGAAAUUGCUCACACAAACAUUGGCCAGUACAUCACCAGAAAAGUUGAUCGCAUGAAUAUUCCAUUUGUUGAGUUCCUGGCUCUAGGGGCUACAAAGCACACCGGACCUACAAGUUCCAGCAAGGAAUGCGAUUCCUCAUGGACCAAUACUGUGCUCAGACCUAGAGGGUGGCCAUACAUGGUCAUCGAAGCUGGCGUAUCUGAGUCGAUGCCCAGGUUGCGGGCGGACGCAGCCUGGUGGUUCGUGAACUCGAAUGGAGCUGUCAAGGUUGUUCUGCUCAUCAGGGUCGACGCGCAGCGAAAGAUGCUCACUAUCGAAAAAUACGAUCGGACCCGCGGCCCGGCGACUCGAUCGAACCCCCAAGGCCCGUGGAGACCCCGAAAACUUACAACAGUUACCAUCAAUCAACAAGUCAACCCUGCAACUAUACAAGUUGACGGAAGGAAUGCCACACCUCGUCCUCUCACCCUAGAGUUCGAGCUCGUGUUUGGCCGCCCCCCUAACCCUCCCCUUGAAAGAGACAUCACGUUCACAAACACCGAGCUCCUAGAAUGGUCUCGGUUAGUCUUCCUUUAA